GACUUCAAAGGAUUCGGCCGCCCCCUGGACUCGACGAUGCCGGCAAAAGAAGUGAUGUUUCCCCGUGAUCGGCAACCGGACACCCAAGAGGUGAAGGAACUUUACAAGCGAACACACGGCAGCACCGACCCUGGGGAAGGUUUGGAUCGGAAGUACGACUGGCCAGAACACGUCAAGGGCAAUCCUAUCUUCCGUUUUGGCCACGCCAACCAAACUGUGGCGCCGGGAUCGGGCGCAAAGUCUGCACUGAGCAUGGACUGUGGAGUGGAACCGCUCUCAGUUCCUGCAACUCUCAUCGUCAAGGACACGCUCGCGAAUUUCCAAGAGAUCACCUCCGAUCACAUCGGAACGAGCCGGAACCUGAUGCAAUUGCAGUCGCACCAGAACCUGGGACGCCAUCACUCCUUCGGGAAGCCGACCUCCACAGACCCUGUCAGCGCCGGCUCGUUGAUUCACGGCAACUACUCACACGCAGAACAGAUGCCCGAUGCAGACCUUGGGAAGUGCCUGCUUAAAGGCCGCAGAAACUUUGAGACAGAGCCACGGGGCGUGCCCUCCGUGCGAUUUGACAAAGUUGCCCCACCUCUCGAGAAAAGAUCUGUGGCUAAUGACACCAACUACGGCGACGACCUCCACGCAGGAUCUUUAAUCACGCCGACCCGCUUCCAAUUCCUUGGCAUUUCUGCGGAGGACUUUGUGCAGAAACGGCCGGUCGGGGAGGUGGCGAGUCUCCUUCGGGGAGCUGGCUUCUGCGCGGAGGACGAGAAGCUUGAAGCCAUCGUGCAGCGGGCGGGAAGCGAGGAUG